UGCAAUCCAAUCCUCUCCCACUCUAAUGCAAGGAAUCGUCGCUAAAAAGUAAUGGGUUUGCUUCAAAGCCAACCGAAUCUCACUCCUUUCUUACCCUUCUCUUACUCACAUAUUAAAAACAUUGUAUCUUCUCCCCAUUUUUAGUUAUUUAUUCAUUUUAAUGUUAUAUACAUACACCUAUAUAUAUAUGGUCAAUGGCUUCCAUGGUUGGAAACUCAUAACUGUCACCAAAACCCAAUACCAGCCUCAGUGUUUCACAAACCCUUUUCAUGGAUAUGAUGAUGAUGAUGAUGGAGGGUCAAGACGAUGAUGUUGUUUGUUGCAAAGAUGAUGAUCAUCAGUUGCAGAUAAUCAAAGGUAAACGUACCAAACGUCCAAGAGCACCGCCGUCGUCUCCUCCUCUCACUUCGGUGGUGGCUUCAACCACCACCACCACCACUUCUAGUGGAGGUGGUGGCGGAGCUGUUGGUGUUUCUCCGACAAUUACAUCAUCUUUUGAUUUAGCAGAAAGCAGUACAGAAGAAGAAGAACGAGAACAAGAUAUGGCGAAUUGUUUACUUGUUUUAUCUCAAGGUCAAACAAGGAAAGUGAAACCACCAUCACCGCCACCAUCGGAACCGUCCACGGAGGCGGCGGUGGAGACGGAUGUUCAUCAGUGCAAGACAUGUAACCGGUGUUUCCCUUCAUUCCAAGCACUCGGUGGGCAUCGAGCGAGCCACAAAAAAUUCAAGGUAGUUAACGAUCAAGAUAUUAAUAACAAUCGCAACAAAGAAGAUCAUCGUCAUUAUGAUCAAUUCAACGAAAAGGCUACGACACUUUCGCUUCAUAUUACAAGUAAAAAAUCGAGGGUUCAUGAAUGUUCGAUAUGUGGUGCCGAGUUCUCGUCCGGACAAGCUCUCGGAGGUCAUAUGCGAAGGCAUAGGACAUUAACUAAUGCUCCAACCAUGACGACACCGGCAACGGCAACAACAACGUUAGACACCGUCGUCCGGACAAGCGAACAGCGGAAGAAACCAAGGACUGUUCUGCAAUUGGAUCUUAACCUUCCAGCCCCAGAAGAUGAUCUUCACAAGGAACCUAAUAAUAAAGUACUAUCAUUUGCUUCCGAGGGAAAACUACUGGGUUUUUCAGCAUCUUCUUUAGUUGAUUGUCAUUAUUAAAUUCAAUGUGCAACAUUAAUUAUUUUUUCCACUAAAUUUGUUCAUAAUUCUUUUAAAUUGAACUUUGUUCUAUGUUAAUGAAGAAACCAUUUGUAUUUUCCUGGUGUCGUUUGAUCCAUAUGAAA